UGUGCGGCCAGCCCGGCCCUGGAGGAGCUUCUGAGCUCACUCCUUAACAUGGACCCAUGCGACAGACCCACAGCGGAAAUCGCCAGCCUGCAACAGUGGUUUGACCCUCUUCUAGAAGGAGCCGAGGGCGAGGAGGUGACCGUGGUGCAGCCCCUGGGAGUUCCCGAGGACCCAGAGGCCCAGGAGUACCUGGCGGGCCUGGGUCUGCUUCCGGACGCUGGAGCCUCGGAGCCAUCUGGCCCUGGAGGAUCCAGCCGGAUGUCCCUGCAGCCGGACUCCCGGAGCUUGGAGCAGGGAUACAGGGAGCCCACGCCAGAGCCUGAGUGCAUGUCCCAGGCGGAGUCGGAUUCAGAGGCAGAGCUGGAGUCAGAGUCGGAGCCAGAGCCUGCGUUGCAGCUGGAGUCGGAGUCGGAGUCGCCAUCCCAGCCUGAGCCGGAUCCUGCUGUUUCCGCCCCCAUGCUUGCCUCUCCGCUCCCUGGAGUGCUGCAGGAGAGGAGCCCUGGUGCCAGCCCAGCCCCCGAGCCCGUCCCUGUGGCCACCCCCUCCACCCCCAGCCCCAGGAACAGUCCACACCUGGUGGUGCCAGAGGUCCCAGCAGCUGAGCCUGAGGAGGCUGGGAGCUCAGCAUCGGCCUCUGUCCCCAGCAAGGGCCGGCAGGGGCUGGGCAGGAGGAUUGGCAGGAGCAUCCUCAGAUUCCUCCUGCGUGCCUGCUGCCUGCCGGCCCCAGCCCGUGGCCCUGGCCCCCGCAGCCGAAAGGUGACCCCCAGCUAGCCUGCCUCAGUGUGCAAGCUGAGCUGCCGGAGGGCUCUCAUUUCUUGAGAGCUUUCUGUGCUUCUCGUCAAUAAAAAUCUAAAC